AGGCAAAAAUAGACAGAGAAAGAGACAGAGCGAGAGAGCGAGAGGAAGAGACAGAGGAAGAGGAAGUGAGAGAUCUGGUUAAAGAGGGGGAGGGGCAGCGAGACCCCCAAGAACUGCACGAGGGGGAGCCAGACAGGACACUCAAAUGUUCCUCCCAGUCAUUAUUCUGCUUCUCUCCCUCCACACGUGUCAUACAAGGGCAGCAGGAAGGCGGAUGUUCCAUUGAGAGUGAAGAUGGCAGCUCCAGGUUACCCCUCAUCUCCUGCUGGAUAUGUUAGUCCUCCAUACCCCUCCCCACCAUAUCCAGGCCCCUCUGCUCCUCCUGCCCCUUCCCCAGGUUUCCAUGACUAUCCCGGAUCACCCCAGCAUCACAUGUCUGCUCCAUUGCACCCACAACCCGACCUCCCUCCUGGGGUAGCUCCUUACCUGCCCGUGAGCAGCGGGACUGCACCCAGUGGGUUGGAAUACCUCAGCCAGAUUGAUCAAAUUCUAAUUCAUCAGAAGACGGAAGCUCUGGAGGCCGUUACUGGGUUUGAGACCUGCAACCAGUAUGAGCUGCUGAGCAUUGUGGGACAGAGGAUCUUCACUGUACAGGAGCGGAGCUCACUCUGUGCCCGGUGCUGCUGUGGAUCCCUCCGACCCCUCAACCUCCAGGUCUACGACCCCUCAGGCCGAGAAGUCAUUCACUUUAUCCGUCCUCUCAAAUGUACCAGCUGCUGUUUCCCAUGUUGUCUGCAAGAGUUGGAAGUGCAGAGCCCCCCGGGACACACUGUGGGGUACGUGGCUCAGUCGUGGCACCCCUUUGUCCCCAAAUAUUCUCUGCUGACUGAGACGCGGGAGCCGGUGCUGAAGGUUGUAGGACCCUGUAUCAUGUCGAGCUGCUGUGGGGACAUCGACUUCCAGGUGAAGCCGAUGUGUGAGUCUCGCAGUGUGGGUCGGAUCAGUAAACACUGGGGCGGGUUGGCCAAGGAAAUCUUCACAGACGCAGAUAAUUUUGGGAUCCAGUUCCCUAAGGACAUUGAUGUGAAAAUGAAAGCGGUGUUACUGGGGGCCUGUUUCCUGCUGGAUUAUGUGUUUUUUGAGAGAUCCAGAGCGAAGGCUGAACGUCACACAGUGAUCAGCUAAUGGUUUUCCCUCAGUCGCCCCCUACAGACCAAACAGCAGAACUGCGUCAGCUAAAUGCCCAAAUACCCCUUUAUACUUCUGUACAAAUCUAUAUUAUAAAUAUAUAUAUAUAUCCGCCCA